GUGCCACAACAAUGCAAGAAAAUAGCGUAACGGCGGUUCCGGUUUCGGCGGUGACGGCAACCGGAUUGAGCAGCAUCGGCACCGGUGCCGGAAGCACCGGUACUGGCGUGGUCGGAAACACGGUCAGCAACACUGGCAACAGCAACAGCAAUGGCAGCAGUACCGGCAGCACAAGCAACAACGGUCCUGGCAGUGGUCCAAUAACGGGGGGCUCCGGCAGCUCGGCGACCAUCUCACCACAUGGCCUCAGCGACAUCGAUCAGGCACAGUUCGAAGCGGACAAACGGGCAGUUUACAAACAUCCACUGUUUUCUCUGUUAGCGUUACUGCUAGAAAAAUGUGAACAGGCCACCCAAGGCUACAUUCCUUCCUCGUCUUCCGCGUCUAGUCCAAACGGGUCAUCCAACAAUGGCACCAGUGAUGGAGAUAGUUUCUCCCGAGAUAUUCAGGCCUUCGUACAGCUGCUGGAGAAAGAAAAGCGUCCCCUGCUAACGAACAACAGUGAGCUGGAUGGACUAAUGAUUAAAGCGUUGCAAGUGUUGCGAAUACACCUGCUCGAGCUAGAGAAGGUACAAGAGUUGUGUCGGGAUUUCUGCACACGCUACAUCGCCUGCCUGCGUAGUAAGAUGCAGUCGGAAAACUUGCUGCGAUCGGACUACGCACUCGAGCACAACAACAAUCUGUCCAACUCCAACAGUCCCAUCAACAGUCCAGAACAGGAUCUGUCCGGCAGUGCCCAGGGCUAUUACCAGAAUACGGAUUACCUGCAGGGAAGCGACACAAGCGAGUACAGCAAUAUGCAAGCAAAGGGAGGCUUACGGAGCUGCAGUAGCCCCUGUGGUCCGGGUAUUCAGGCAGCAGCUCCACAGCAUUCGCUUCCCCAUCCAGCAUUGCAACAGCAGCUUCACCAUCACCAGCAUGUGCCAAUAUCAGCAGCAAUGCAAUCACCAAACAGUGCCACCAUCUUGGAAAACUCAUCGGCUCUCGAAGACUUGUCGCACACAGGACACUCCAUGCCACCGUCUGUAGGUGUUGUUGGGCUCCCUGGAUUUGCCGGGUUGCCUUCAUUGCACGACGGUGCAACGGGAGCACUACUUCCAACCGAUAUCACCACAGCAACGGCAGCUGCCGUCGCUAUGGCAUUCCAACAGCAGCAACAAUAUCACCUACCAAUCCAUCCCAAUGCUGGCACGAUUCCUCUCAACUCGAUCGGAUGUCCACCGUCGGCGAUUGCGCUUACCUCACCGCAUGACAUCUACGCCGGUCAGCUGUCACCGUGCGGGAGCUCCGAUGAGCUAGACUCCGAACUCGACUCACCCGGGGACGGUGAUUCGGGUUCGGGCAAACGACACAAGCGGGGCAUCUUGCCCAAGCAUGCCACCAGCGUUAUGCGCGCUUGGUUGUUUCAGCAUCUAGUCCAUCCCUAUCCUACUGAGGACGAGAAGCGUGCGAUAGCAGCACAAACCAAUCUCACAUUGCUUCAGGUAAACAAUUGGUUCAUUAAUGCCCGUCGACGUAUCUUGCUGCCAAUGCUGGAGAAUGUCUCUGACAAUUCCGGGGAGUAA